GACGUCACUGUUUCCCUUCACCGUCUCUCGCCAUUUUGAGGCGACCGGAAUAGACGAGAUUCAGACUUUGUUGGAGCCGGGAGAGUUUUAUAAGCCGUGAAAUGGCUGAUUCCACAUUAGAACAAACGAAGCUUGCGAACAGCAAGUCAAACUUGAAUUCGAAGAUGUAUACUAAGGGAAACUUGUUUGCCGAAAUAACGAAGCAGAUGGGACUCCUUCCUGGCUCCAAAGGAUUGAACGACUUUGCUGCGUUAGCUGAUGAAUCGGCACAAACAGGCAGUGGAAACUCACCAAUUGAUGAAGUGAGGCGAGGUGCCGAAGUAAUAGCUUCAGAUGUGAUUUCAAAUUUCAUAACCGGAGAUAACAGGAAGCCUCCCAAUAAAUACUGCCGGACCAUGAGGAGAACAGUGAAAGAGUUGUCAGACAGACACAACAUUGUAUUCAAAGGGAUGGUAAACAAGUUGAAGGUUGAAGAAGGAAAUGCAUUCAGGACUUUUGUCAAUAUUGCAGAUGAAAUUUUUGACGAUGGCCAAAUAAACUGGGGCCGGAUCGUUGCUGUGUAUGCAUUUGCUCUGAGAUUAGCUGCACAUUUUCGUGAUGUUCAAGGACAUGGUGACUUUCCAGAUAAGAUUGCUUUGUAUGUUGGAAAAUAUGUUGCAAACAAACUCGGGAAAUGGAUCCUUGAUCAUGGUGGAUGGGAAGCAUUCGCAGAGUAUUUUCCAGACCAGGGUGAAUUUGAAGAAAAAAUGUGGAAAGGAUUGUUAUUCACUGCCGUUGGCCUUGGUGCCCUUGCUACUGUAGUAGCAACAAGAUGAAGAUUUUCAACAUGAUCACCAAACAAGUUUUUUAAGCAAUCUGAAAAAUUGCCAAAUCAUUGAUAAACUCUGUAUAUAGUGAUAAACUUUCGAGAAGUUGGAUGGUACCUUGAAUGAAUUAAAAAGACAUUUGAGGGCCGCUGAACCUUUGUGUGAGAAUGGUGAUGUUUGCAGAAAGUAUCUGAAGUACUAUAACUCGUGAUUAUUUUAUUUUUAUACUCUGAAGGUCUAUAUGUUUAAGUCAGAAUGAAAAUAUAGUUUUCGUCAGCAGUCUGAUGAAUGUAAGUAAGGCAUACUUUGGAUGUUUUCUGUCAAAGAUGACAAUUGUGCCCUGUUUAAUUUUAAAUUUGAAUGUCGUUUUUCAUGUCAUUGUGCAUCUGGAUGUUGAAUCUCAUCCGUGUGAAAGAAUGAUCCAUAUCUUUUAUUUUUAACCUAGGAUAUGACAAUUUUUAUUUUGCGUGCCAGAGAAAAGAUCGGUUGGAUUACAUUGAUUAACCAACCCCUAAUCAAUGAAAUGGUAGAAAUACAGAAUUUGUUAUAUGGCCUUCUGUACACACGAGUGUGUAUUGAAUUAAUACUACUCCCGAUUAUCUUUGGAAGGGUUUCCAAACUAAAGAAGAGUACAGGUAUAUGCAAAUAAUCAAUGGAUUGUUUACCCUAACUCUCCAGAAACAUGUAACCUGUCCUGACUACCUGAUUGCUAUGAAUUUUCAUUAUGGGCUUCAUCUUAUUUUAUGAAAACUUGUAAAAUGUAUUUUUCAAAUACUAUUUUAUUGUGUUUGUAAAAUUAGAUCUUGUUCAUCAUGUUACUUUCUUGAUAUAUGCUUUUUAAGUUUAUUUUGUAAGAAAAGUAGCAUUUUUGAAUGUUGUAAACUUCGAUGAAAAUUGUCAGUGUGUGAAUGCAUGUAUGGAUUGAUAUAUCCUUUUGUAUUAGUAAAUCUAAAGAUAAUGUAAAUUCCAUCUGUCCCGAUACAGAACAUCACCAUAUCAUCACUGAAUCAUCCACUGUAUUCUUGAAAUGUCUUUCAUGUGAAAAAGCGAUGAUUCACUUGGGGUAGGACCUGUUUUGGUCUGUCAGGGUUUUGUUGGUGCUCUUUCUGCUCACUGUAUUUUGGUGAGCAGUGUUGGAGUAUUCUACUGGGAAACCCAGAUGUGUUUUGUGUAAAGAAAUGCCAGAAAUGAAAAUGCAUAUCUUUAAUAAAAAUGUAAACACACACAAAAAACAGGAUUGAAGUGUUAUGAAUGCAGCAAACACUGCUUGUCAACACACAAUUUGACAUGUCAUUUAGCCUAAGGAUUGCAAACGGGUAAUAUGCAGUUUGGUACUGUAGUGAGCUUGACUUCACCCAUAAUUUGGGUGUUAACUGUAGAAAUAACUUGAAACGGGUCCCAAGAAAUCAAACUUUUGUGUUUUCAAUGUAUCUUUCAAAGAGUUUGUAGAAUAAUCAUCACAGUUAUGGCAACAGAGAUGGAACAUGUAACAGGCUUGAACCUUGGCCUAAUGGGGCCUACUCCCAAAUUGUGAAGUGUUGAUUUAUUUUGAAAGUCAUUUCCUUUACUAUUUUAAUAAUAUAUCGCAACUAUUGUGAUCGACGUUUAUCAUGUAAAAAUUUGUUUUUGUAUAUUUUGAUUUAGUGCUUUUAUUUGUGCAAUAAAUGUACAUUUUCAAAAUGA